AUGAGCGAGCACCCCAGCGAGUUGCGCUACACCACCGAGCAUGAGUGGGUGCGUGUCGAGGAUGACGGCACUGCCACCAUUGGCGUGACGUUCUUCGCGCAGGACCAGCUCGGCGAUGUCGUCUACAUCGUGCUGCCCUCCGUUGGCGCCACACUGCAAAAGGACACCAGGAUGGGGGAGAUCGAGUCGGUGAAGUCUGUAUCCGACCUGUUCGUUCCCAUCAGCGGCGAGGUGAUCGAGGCCAACCAGGAGGUCAUCGACCACCCGGAGCGCGUCAACGAGGACCCCCACGGCGCGGGCUGGAUGCUGCGCGUGCGCAUGUCAGAUCCCUCGGAGGUCGAGAGGCUGCUCACCGGCGAGCAGUACGACCAGGCCGUCGCCAGUUAG